AUGAACUUCGCCGCCAAGAAAGACUACUUCCUCCAUGGUCUGAAACCCAAAGUCGUCCAGAAGAUCUGCAACUCUGGAGAUAUUCCCAACACCUUUGACAGAUUAGUCAAGAAGGUUGUCAAAAUGGAGUCCGCAUACCAGCUCCUGAUGUCCCACCGAUCCCGCCACCCUUCCCAGAAUAACUGGAAGACGACUCCACGAUAUACUCCCACCAGAACCCACAAUCCUAAUGCCAUGGACAUGGACCACAUGACUGAUGAAGCCAGAACCGAGCAUAUGAAGAAGGGCUUAUGCUUCUUAUAUCACAAAGCAGGACAUCAUGCCAACGACCCUGCAUUUCACCCCAAGAAAACCAGAGAUGCCUGA